AUAAACCCAAGUUUUUUUUCUGUUUAUAUACAACAUAUUUCGCACAACCCACCAAGUUGGUUGAGUCAAGGCUCUAGUGGAGUGAAACAACGUGCUAUCAAAAUUUCUGUUGUUGUUAUUGUUGUUUCUGUUGUGAAUCAUGACUUGUAAUGGAAAAAAUACAUCGAAUGAUUUUAUACUGAAAUUACGAGAUUAUCAAGAACGUAUUUUUAAAAAAUGUAUCAAAGAAAAUUUAAUCGUUUGUUUACCAACGGGCAGUGGCAAAACAAUGAUAGCCAUCGAAUUGAUCAAUCAUUUAUUGCCACAAACAUUUGGACAUUAUCCAAAGAAUGCGAAACGAACAUUUUUUCUUACACCAAAACGUGUACUAACAAUGCAACAAUAUCAUAUGAUUGAAAAAUUCGUAAGGGCAAAAAUUCUUAUGCUCACUGGUGAUGAUGAGCCAGAUAAAUUCGAUAAACAACAAUGGAUGGAUCGAUUGAAAAAAAAUCAAAUUUUCGUUGUUACACCCGAUAUUUUGUUGGAUAUUAUAUUGAAAGGAUAUAUUCAGAUUCGUAAUUUGAAUCUGAUUAUUUUCGAUGAAAUGCAUUGGGCAUUUCGAAAUGGUACCGAACCAUCGAAUCAUCCGUAUAGCCGUAUUAUGGAACAAGUUAAAAAAACUGAUGACUUGUAUCAGCCACGAAUACUUUGUCUAAGUGCUUCAAUUUUUGCCAACGACAGUCAAUCAAUACUUGCAUCAAUUGAUGAUUCAUUGAAAAAAAUCGAACAACUUUAUCUGGCUCGUAUUGAAUCAGGUGGCUUUUCAUAUUUACAUAAAUAUAAAGAAGAAUUACUUGAAUACAAUCAAACAUGUUUCGAUGUCGAGAUUGGAUUCGAUUUCGAUCGAUUAUUUUGUAUUUUUUCCGAAACAAAACAUUUCACAUCUUUGAAACAAUUUCAGCUUGUAUUUAUGAAAAUUCAUAAGAUCAUUACAGAAGAAAUGGGAUUAUGGUUUGCAUUGGAAUAUAUAAAACUUUGUUGUGAUUCAUUGACCAAAAAUCAUUUCGAAAUCGGUGAAAUAAUGAUGAAGAUUAUGAAAUAUAUUGACAAACGAAUACGUCAUUGGUUAUAUGAACAUAAAGGAAUCACUUACAAUAAUGAACAAGAAUAUCAACCGAUUUUAAUCAAAACGGAUUUAAUUUCCAACAAAUUAAAAUCAUUAUUGAAUUUAAUCGAAAAAUUUCGAUCAAAUUUUUCCAAUCAAACAUUCACUGGUAUUCUAUUCGUUUCGGAAAGAACGGAUGCUAAUCUCAUUUUUCGUUGGCUUAAAUUAUUAUCGAAAAAUGAUGAAAGAUUAACAUUUCUUAAACCAGGUUUUAUUUGCGGUUCGUUUGUAAAAGAUUUUGUUCAUUUUGAUUUUAUUCAAAGCAAUUCUCAAUAUUUGAAUGAAUUACGUGAAAAUCAUGUCAAUUUUAUUGUUGCCACAUCAGUACUUGAAGAAGGAAUCGAUGUUCCUAUCUGUAAUGUUGUCAUUCGUUAUGAUGGUGUUGAUAAUUAUCGUGCUUAUUGUCAAUCUCGUGGCCGUGCAAGACAUGAUCAUUCACAUUUCUACAUCAUGACUUUGAAUAGUGAAGCGAAAAAAGUAAAGAAAAAAUUGAUCAAUUAUAAAAAGAUUGAUGAUCUAUUGGUCAAUAUUAAAUCGGAAGAUUAUAUUGACUGUUUCGAACAAGAAUCGUUGAGUGAAAAUGUUGAUGAUUUUAAUCCUGAAUUUUUUAAACUAAAUGAUCCAAUCACUGACGAUAUUUUAUCAAUUAAACCAUUUCAAAAUGGCCAAAGUACCUUAUAUCCACGUGGAUCAUUACAAUUGUUGAACAAAUAUAUAAUGAAAUUACCACGGGAUCUAUUCACUCAACAACAAAUGCCUUUGGAAUUUUUCAUAAAAUUAUUUCCUCAUCCUAUCGUUCGGCAAUCACUGGAGACUAGAUAUGCUUAUAUUUUCAUAUUUCCAAUCAAUUCAACUCAUGCUGGAACAGUGUGUAAAGGUGGCUAUUUUCGGCAAAAAAAAUCUGCUGCAAUACAUUGUGCUUUUCGUGCAUGUAAAUUUCUAAUCGACAACGGUGAUAUUGAUGGAAAUUUGAAUGUUUUCGAGAAGCGAUUCAUACUCGAACAACAUAUUCCUGAAUUGAAUAUUCGAUAUGUAAGAGGAUUGGAUGAUGAAACACAAUUCAAGACACGUCAUCAUUUGAAUAAAACAUCAGAUUAUUUUCAAGCGAUAAUUGACUUUGAUCAGAAUGUCAACAAAGAUUUCAUCUAUUAUCUAUAUGCAUUAGAAUUCAAAGCCGGAAGUUUUGAUUCAACCAACUUGAAACCUGAGCUUCGUAGUCAGCUAUAUAAACCAUUGUUUAUAUCGACAAAUGAAUCAAAAAAUGAUAUACAAACAAUCGGUUUAUUGUUAUCGCAAAAACAUUCAUUGGAUUUUGUGCAAUCAUAUUUUUAUUUCAAUCUAUUUCCAAUCAAAUUUGAAUUACGAUACUGUGAUAAAAUUGAUUUAAGUGAUAAAACAAAAUUGAAUUCAAUCGAAUAUUUUCACGAUCAUGUUGUGCAUAUGGUUUUUUCUCAACGAUUAAAACUGGAUAAAUCAUUACCAUUGAAUCGUGGUUUUUAUAUUGUUCCAAUGAAAAAACAAUCAUCUGCUUAUAGCAUUGAUUAUGAAUUUAUUCAGUUUCUUAAAUAUUGGGAACAAUCAUAUCAUGAGGCUAAUAUUGAUACUGGAAAAAUUUCACCUGAUUCAUUACAACUUGAUCAAGUGAAAGCAUAUGAUCCACAAACGGAUAAAAUUGAAUUCGACGAUGAAUUCACCAUAUUUUCGGCUAUCCAUCAACCAUCAAUGCAUUUUUAUUUUGUUAAAAAUAUUGGUGAUCGAAAUUGUACGGAUUUUAUGAUUCGACCUUCUGAUGAAUUUCCUCAAGGACAAACGUAUGCACAAUUCUAUCAAAAAAAAUAUGAUCGAAUUAUACAAGAUCAAAAAUUACCGAUGGUAAACGCUGGAGACGUGAAAACAUUUCAGAUUAAUUAUCAUCUUUAUAAACAAAAAUGUACGAUGCUUAAAACUACCAGUCGUCAUUCAACAUUGUUUCCAUUAGAAUUGAUCACCAUACAUCCAAUCAAUAGUCGUAUGUAUCUACGAAUCGCAUCGAUUCCGAUUCUACUUUAUCGAUUAGAACAAUAUGCUUUGGGCAAAGAAUUUCUAUCUGGUCUACAUGGUUGUAUUGAUUUAAAUUAUAAAAAUGAAAAUUUUGAUGUUGAAGACAUACUGUUACGAACGAAAAAAAUUCAAGAAAUUCUAUACAGAGAAGAUGAUCUAGAAGAAUCGGAUAUUAAACUUGUCGAUAUUAAUUCAAUUAUUGAUGAAACAAAAUUUCAUGAAUGCGAAAAUCCGAUUAUGAAAACAUUUGAAAAUUUUCUCAUUGAUGAAAUGAAAAAAACGGAAGAAACUAACGGGCAGAUGAAUGGUGAUCAAGAAUUCAUGGACGAUAUUAUCACCGUGAGCAAUAAUAAAGAUGAACAGGAAAAAUUAUUUGCCGAAUUGAUAAGUAAAAUUAAUCAGAUUCAAACGAUUAAAAAAGAUUAUUCAAAAAGAAAAAUUGAUCAUGAUCUUCUUCGUUCAGGAAUCGAAUUUGGACAAUCAUCAAUUUUUAAAUUCACUGGUGAUAUUGAUGAAUAUAUCGAUAGAAAUGCAUUAUCCUACAACACAUUUCGAACAUUCAAAUGUCCCAAUCCAUGGCAUAUUGUUCAAGGAUUAACAUUGACUAAAGCUAGUGAUUCAUGGAAUAUUGAAAGAUUAGAAACUAUUGGCGAUUCAUUCAUCAAAUUUACCUGCAGUUUAUAUCUAUUUUUUCAAUAUCCAGAUUAUGAUGAAAUGAAAUUUGAUUGUUUGAAAACAUCAUUGAUUAAUAAUAAGAAUCUAUUCAAGAUUGCAAUGGAAAAGAAUAUUACAAAAUACAUUUUCUGUUCAUUACAUCAAUCGAUACCAUUAAAUUUUUUUAAACGUUUAUUAAUCAAGAAUUUUGUUCCAAUUGAAAAGGAAUUUCGUCACGAACUUCGUUAUAAAGAUGUUGCCGAUUGUAUUGAAUCAUUGAUUGGAGCAUUUCUUGUAUACGGUGGUGCUGGAACGGCAUUGAAAUUUUUAAACAAUUUUCUUGAUCUUAAAUCUUUUUGUCCGGAAAAAUUGAAAUCCAAUCAAUCAUGUUUGAAUGAUUUUCUUGAUUAUAAGCUAAAUCUUCAAUUGCGACACAUCGGCUCAGAAAUCGAUGUAGAUGAUUGUAAAUUCAAUGAAAUCGAUGAUGAAGAAAUUGAUCGAAAAUUAUUGAAAAGAAUGAAAAAACAAAGUAUACAGGUUGAAAUCGAUGAUAUUUAUAAUGAAUAUUCUAUGCAUUUAUUAGAGGAAGAAAUUCAAUAUGAAUUUCGAGCCAAAUAUCUUCUUGUUCAAGCAUUCAAUCAUCCAUCAAUGUAUCGUUCGGUAGAUAUGGAAACGGGUGAAAUUCGAUAUAAUUUUAUACCCAGUUAUCAACGUUUAGAAUUUAUUGGCGAUGCAAUAUUAGAUUAUAUGAUGACAAGAUUCAUCUAUCAUAUGGAUCAUGAAUUAGAUCCAACUGGAAUAACAUUAUUGAAACAUGCACUUGUUAAUAAUGCAUUCUAUGCAUCAAUCACUGUUAAACAUGGUCUACAUAAAUUCAUAAGACAUUCAUCCAUUGGAUUACGAUCGAAAAUAUAUAAAUUUGUUAAUAGUUUUACCUUUAAAUAUAUUGAACAAGUUGAAGAAUUAUUGGUAAAAGAAUUCGAUGAAGAUGUUGCUUAUGAUUUGAAUAAUAUUGAUAUACCAAAAACAUUGGCCGAUAUUUUUGAAGCAUUAAUGGGUGCAAUAUUUAUUGAUUGUCAUUUUGAUUUGGAUGCUACAUGGCGUAUUGCUUAUCGAUUGAUUAAAGUGGAAACAGAUCAUUUUAUGAAAAAUAUUCCAAUGAUGCCUCUGUUACGUUUAUCGCAAUUCUAUCAUAACUGCCAUUUUGGUCCUGUUCAAGAUGUUGAACCAACAGCGGAUAAUUCGACGGAAAAUAAUCUAUCCAAAAAACCGGUAACCGAUCGACGAAUGAUUGAACUUAGAGUCGAUGGUGUUGGUACAUUUAUCGGUUAUGGUAAAAACAAACGACAAUGUAAAGUUUCAGCUACAAAAAAAUUUUUUGCCUGGGAAGAACAACAACAACAACAAAAUGAAAACAAGGCAAACGAAAGUGAUGAAAAAUCAACAUUAGUGCUGUGA